AUCGUCUCUAUUUGUCUAAUAACAAAUUUUAAUUGUUUAUAUAUGCAUAUAUGCAGAUAAGAUUUAAUGUAAUUAAAAAUUGGAUUACAAAUCCAAAUUUCUAUUCACUGUGUUUAAAUUGGCAAGCGUAAAUAAUCCAAAUCAGCUGUUUGAGGUUGCCCAUCACAAGUCUCCAAUAAAUGCAAAUUACAUUUGCACGUUGGAAUUUUCAUUUAACAUAAGAAAAAAGCUUGUUUGCAAAAAUUUUGCGUAAAUUCCAUCAAACUAUUUACGAGUCUGCAAAUAAUUGCAGACGUAUCACAAUAGCUACUUGUAUACGUACUAUGGCAGAAGGAGGGAGUGGCAGUGAUACUAGUGUCGGAAGCGGUGUUUGCGUUCAAAAUGGUGAUGAAACUGUCAAUGUUGAUGAGAAAUGGCGUGGUUGCUCGAUGGAAGAAAUACAUCGUGGCUUGAACGAAUUUGAAUUGGAGCAUGUGCCUCCAGUACGUCCUAGUGAAACACAUACUGUGCUCUAUCAUUGCCCUAUACGCGAGCCGGAUAAUGUGCCGCCACGACCAUUACGUGCACAUCAUAAAUGGGAUGCGACACAUGUACGUUUACCCUGUUCAAGUAAAAGUCAAUAUCCUGUUACAGCGGCAGAUGGCAGUUCAACGAUAGAGGCACGUUGGGAGAUGAUUGAAAAAGCGCUGUUAAAACCAAUUAGUAAUAGCAAGGAAUUACAAACUGCUAUACUAUCGUAUAACACAAAAUAUGAAAAUCAAUGGAAUUUUCGAUCACUGCAUCGUUUAUUUGAAGAUGAUUUGGAUGAAAGUGAAUCGCGUGUAUUUUUUGAAGAUUUGUUGCCGCGUAUAAUACGCUUAGCGUUACGUUUACCCGAACUAGUGCAAGCGCCAAUACCUCUACUUAAGCAAGGCCAAUGUCACUCCGUUACGCUAUCACAACAACAGAUUUCAUGUCUUUUGGCCAAUGCAUUUCUGUGUACCUUUCCCCGACGGAAUACAAUGAAAAAGCGUUCUGAAUAUAGUACAUUUCCGGAUAUCAAUUUUAAUAGGCUUUUCCAAAGUGGCGGCAAAGCAGUAAUUGAAAAAAUUAAAUGCAUCUGUCAUUACUUUCGUCGCGUGUGCCCAACGGAGCAUGAUAAUUCGAAUGUGCCCACUGGCGUUGUAACAUUUACACGACGCAGUUUAAACACCGCAGAGCUGCCUAAAUGGGCUGAAUGUAAAGCUCCGCUCGGUGCCACACCUUUACACAUCACCUCUGAGGGUACAAUUGAAGAUCAAGGAUCCGGUCUGUUGCAAGUUGAUUUUGCAAACAAAUUCUUGGGUGGUGGCGUACUCGGUGGCGGAUGCGUACAAGAGGAAAUACGUUUCGUAAUAUGUCCAGAGCUACUCAUAUCCAAGUUAUUCACAGAAUGCUUACGUCCCACAGAGGCACUAUUAAUGGUGGGUGCGGAGCGUUUUAGCGACUACAAUGGCUACUCGAACACUUUUGAAUGGGCUGGUAAUCAUGAGGAUAACAUGCCACGCGACGGUUCUAGACGCCGUCAAACCCAUAUUGUAGCUAUAGAUGCGCUACAUUUUAUGCAAUCGGAACAUCAAUAUCGUGAAGAUCUUAUCAAACGUGAACUAAAUAAAGCUUAUGUCGGCUUUCAACAUCUUUUGAGUACGCCACCGCCCGGUGUGGCUUCAGGCAAUUGGGGUUGUGGCGCAUUCGGUGGUGAUGCACGUCUCAAGGCGUUGCUGCAAUUAAUGGUGUGUACUGUUACGCAAAGACCGCUUGUAUAUUUCACCUUUGGUGAUGCUGAUUUACGCGAUGAAGUGCAUCGCAUGCAUACAUUUCUGCUGGAACAUAAUGUGUGUGUCAAAGAUUUGUGGAACCUGCUCAUCAGCUAUCAGAGUCAAAAUAUGACAGGCAAUGAAUUGUAUAAUUUUAUUUAUGGCUGCAUUAGUAAUACGUUAAAGCACAGUCCGAAGACGGCAUCACCGAAGAAUAAAAGUAUGCGUAAUUUCUUAAAGUCCUGGUUGAAACCGUGUCAAACUGACGCCGAGGAUAAAUCCACUACCUCCACGGCGUCACGGCAAAAUAAUUUGAGUCAAGAUAUUUUCGCCUCCUCUACAGACUCAGAAGUGGAGGCAGUUGGUGUUUUGAACGAAAUUUCACCUAUAACCGUAGAUUCCACGCCCACAUCGUCGGCGAGCAAUGCAGCAGCAGCAGCAGCAAUAGAGGAAAAUGCGCCAAACAUCGCUACCGUCGAUCUCUCAAAUCAAUCACAAACAAGCGAUAGUGUUGAUAGUGUGAAAAAUAGUGUAGAAUUGUUAAUUGAUGAAUUAGAAAGUAUUAAGAGCCCAGCGCCGCAAACAUCGAAACCCGAAAGAAGCCCCUUAGCGAAGGAAAAGUUAGAAAAAUCAAAUGUUUCGCCCACAAAAGAGGAAAAGCCAACGGGUUCACGCCAACGUACGCUGCUGGAAAUGCUAGAUCAAUGUUAUACUACGAGCAAAGCGCAAAGCACCACAAGCAAUGGUCCAGUAUCAAAGCGUAUAUGCCUUGGUAAAAUUAGCAGCACAAAAACAGCAACAACAACACCGACAAAGAAACAAUAACAACUAUGCAUACAUAUGUACUUGAAAAAUACGAAA